AUGUCCGCUCCACGGAAGAAAGUCUUCUCCAAGAGGUCCCGCGCGGGCUGCCGCACAUGUCGCGCGCGUCACGUCAAAUGCGACGAAACCCCGGGAGCAUGCCGCAACUGCACCAGUUCUGGACGCACGUGCGAGGGCUAUGAUGUGUGUCGGUUGGGUCCAGGCGGGGGGAAUCAUGGCGAAUUCGACGGAAAGCCUGCGCUUGAGUUGCAGGCUGCGAUGACCGUGCGGCUGGCAUGGACUGUGACAUCAGAUGAGCGCCGGUGUCUCUCGUUCUUCCAGUACCGAUCCAUCCCACAUCUGGUCGGGUUCUACGACUCGCCGCUCUGGCAGAAGAUGGUGCUACGAUUGUGCCGCACGGAGCCCGCCGUAUACCACGCCGUCAUUGCCUUGGGGGCUGUGAACCAAGCUAACGAGAUUGCCGGACGCGUUCCCCGACCGGGGCAGAGGAAUAACCCCCAGGCCUGCAAGAGUAGGUGGUACCGAUUUGCUCUGGAGCAGUCCGGUCGCUCGAUUGCCCUGUUAAAUAGGCGGCGUCUGUCCCAAGACCCCCAGUUCCAGGACAUCAUCCUGGUGUGCUGUCUCCUCUUUACCAUAUGCGAGCUCCUCCAUGGGAACCGCAACCUGGCCAUUUCCCACGUACAAGGAGGGCUGCGCAUCCUGCAUACAAUGCAGAUCCAACGCCAGGGCUUAGGGCUCGAAGUAAGCCGGACCAGUGGUCAGCGCCAGCUCCCCACAGGGGCAGCCUCGCCAUUGUCCACGGUAGCGGAAUGCGUGGUGGAGACUUUCCUUAACCUCCAGGAGUCCUCGAUAUUUUUCGGGGCGCAGGAUCCACUGGAAUUUGACCGCCAAUUCGUCCUCCAUCAGCCCUACGAGGACUACCUUCGUGACUUCCGUAGCCUGCAGCACGCACAGCAGGCAUUCAAGCCACUGUUCAACGCCACUAUGCUAUUCACCUCGACAUACAUGAAAUCCUCCGACUCGGACCUCCAGACGAACUACGCCACCCUCCAGCACCAACAACUGCGAAUCAUGUCCUGCCUCCACCAAUUCGUGCGGGCAUUGGAUCUAUUUUGCGUGCGUGCCUAUGGAAUGGCCUCUACGACCCUGGAUGGGCGCACCAAAGACCGACGCGAAGCCGAGCUAAUCCGCCUAUGUUGCGGCUUGGGCCUCCUAUCCGCUAAGGUGGCACUGUACCCCAGAGGUGAAUCACUUCCGUCCGUGCUAACUGGAGACUGUGAGGCCUUGAUCGAGGCCGCCGAGCGUGCGAUGAGCCACUUCGGCCAGGAUGCCCCCGCCUGUACAGACAACAUGGUCUUCGUCCCAACGCUAUACAUCGGUGUUUUCCGCUGUCCGGACUACGGGCUCCGCAUCCGCGGCAUCGAGGACAUCCGUUCCUGGAGAUCGGAGGAAGGGUUCAUGAGCGCCACCUGGGUGGCGGACAUCCUCGAGGAAGGCAUGAAGUUAGAAUUGAAGAGGAUGCAUGAGGCUGAUGCGCCACGGUGUGGGGUGACCUUCGAAACGGACGAAGAUGGGAACGUCUCGGCGUGCAUCCCGUACCGGGUGGGCACGGUCAAGGAGGACCGCUAUCUGCCACUGCAGCGGAAUGAAGAAGUGAUCGCUGAUCUUCUUGCGAUUGAGAACGCGAAAGAUUGGCCCUGUGUUCGAGGGUAUGGGUUGCUCAAGCAUCUUGGAAUGUAGUAGACUGUCAAAAAAGGGUAUCCGUUGCAUUUCUCUAUUUGACUGCGAACCCCAAAAGCUAUGAGCAAUGAAACCCCUAGCGAGCCCUGGCAAGGGAACCCAAACGGACGAGUGCUUUGCCCGCAAGGUAAAAGAAAGCCGAUGAUGUCCGACGAGUACGAGAAUCAACAGGAACUAGCGUGAUAUGGACACAUUACCGGAACUGGGUAGGCUGGGCAUUCACAGGCAGAAAUGAAGCGAGAUUAAUAGCUGAAG